CCCGUCGUUGCGUACGACCUCGCGCAAUUUGCGACCGAACCGCCCUCAAAGUUCAUGCGGCUCUCGCACUCCCGUAUCCCAUGGUACAUCGACGUGUAUCCGCAGAACGCGGUGGGUGUGACGCUAAUCGAUCUGUUUUCGACGAUGCAUGGGUGUUUGUAUCAGAGGAUUGAGGAAAUCGAUUUUGAGAAUACGGAGAUGGGGGAGGAGGAUAGGGCGAAGAUUACAGCGAGUCGGAGGGAGAGGGUGGGGGGGUCGAAGGAGGAGGUGGAGCAGGGGAUCGACUUCUUGCGACGCGACUGUAUCUUCCUAGGCUUGAAGGGAACAGACAAGGAAGGCGUCUACGAGAUGAGGACUCGUAAGGCAUGA